ACAAUAAAAAUAUCACUCGCAAAGUAAUCGAAUUUACUUAACCCAAACAAAUAUCUUAACGAACGAUCUAUCUUAUAAAUGUAAUUCAAAUCAUAGAUCGUUGGUGAGUUGAGAACAACUUUAUCCCGGAAAUUCCUUAGGUUACAUAAUCUUCUCGCGGCUAAUUAGCACGGAUUAAUGGAUUUGUGUGGUGAAUUCGAUGGUCCGACAUCUACAGACAAACCUAUCGCAAUAAGAAUGAACCGAAUCUCUCUAUUGAUUCACCUGGAAACCAAAUCGAUAUCCGUACGAGGCACAGGGGCUCACUUCGUUACAGAUCGGCCAACUUUCGUCGGAUCCAACAGAGCAAGACUCGCCGAAUCGAAAAAUUCUCCAGUCCAAGUUUCGCGUUUAUCGCGAUCAUCACGUUUCGUCCAUUCGACAUUUUUCAUUCCAAAAUUUUAGUUCGUUUCUUACUUUAUAGGACAGAAUGAUUGAUCAGAAGGGGAUUGCCGAAGAUAACAACGAUCAUAAGAAACUGAAUGACGUUCACAAAAAGGAAAAUGAAACGAAACCACGUGUUAAGAGAUAUAUAACGAAACACAUGAAAUUGUAUCCGGAAUUAUACAGAAGCGAUGUUUCCAUACAUCCAAGUUACACGACUCUUAAAAAAUUUCCUUAUUACGUGGUGUGCCGGCACCGUGUACAGAAGACCAGGAGGCAGAUCAGGCGUCAAAUGAACCGCAACAUCAUGCAUUUCGCGAUGAUGCAGAUGUUCGCCAUCGAUAGCGUCAGGAUCGACCGGGUAUUCAGCUUUGGAAUGCCACAGGAGACAUUGAUUGUCCCCGAUUUGCUAAACGUGAACGAGAGACGUCACAUCAACGAACUUCUCCGUGUCAAAUAACGAAACAACACCUCGUUAUAUUGUCCUCCCAAUGUUCAUUGUGCUUGAUAUGUAACGACACGUGCAAUCGAAUAAACCUAGAGUUUCUACAUUGA